AUGGACGCACACUCGGUCGACCUCGACAUCAGACGGGUGCAGGUGCUUCUUCGCAUCAACAACAUUCUCCUCACAAAAUGGAUCGAAUUCCAGCAGCUGACGCCGCGGCCGACACCACAGAACCCACCCACACCCCAGCAGCAAGACUUUCUCCAACACGUAAUGCGCCGAACACACUGCAACCUUACGUAUCUCGCGAUGGUCAAUGACCGGUACCAGAACCCGAACUACGCGGCGCAGAGCUCGCAGCCCGCGUUUCCUGCCAUCUUGACGCCGCCUCCUAGCAUUCCUGAGUUGGCGGAUUUGUACACACAGUUGCAACAGUUGUUUCCGCAGGCGUUGAUGAUGUUGCAGAAGAAGGCGAUGCUCUCGAGGCAGCAGAUGCUCAAGCAAAAUGCCUCGCUGCAGGUGCCAACGCAGGUCCUGGCUCCGACUCCUGCCAGCGGUGUUAACUCACCAGCGUUACAGCUGCGCUUUUCCCAGCAGUUUACCCAGGGUUCGCCUGACCUUCAGCAGCAGCUGUUCCAGCAGAGUCUGUUUACAAACAACAUCAAUCCUCAGCAGAUUCUCCAACAAAACCAAGCUAUGAACCAAAACCAGCAAAGCCAAGCCAUGAGUCAAAACAUGACCCAUCAACAAAUGAAUCAGAACAACCAGCAAAUCCAACCGAAUAACGACAACUUUGACUUCAUGAAGUGGCAGUGA